AUGCUGUGGGUGGGGCAGCAGCGACGCCCACGUGAAGGAAGGUGCCCCAGCCUGGCCGACGGCAGGGACCGGCACCAGCCACUUCGGGAGCAGAGCCGGGCCCCGGUCCGCAUGGGGCCCCGGCCCACGCUGCCCGCUCCAGCCGUGCCCUGCACCCCUGUGAGCACCGUGGCUGCCCCGGGCGCAGCCUGGCUCCUGUGUCACAGGGUGCGGUGCCUGAGCUGGGCUCUCAGAAAGGGCGGCCUCCCAGUUAGCACCGCUCGCCCGUCAGGGUCCCUGCGGCCCCCUGUCCUCCAGCACGUGAGUGGGGGCAGGAAGGGUCAGAGAAGCCCCGGUCCUGAGAGGAACCCUCACGGUCACUCCCGCCAUGGGCAGGGAGGCGGGGUCCUGGAUGCAGGCACGUUGGUGAGGCCCCAUGCCGGGGCCACUCUGCAGAAGGACAGGAGCAGGGGGAAGGGCAGCGGGGCUCUGGGGCCAGAGGGGAGCCGUGCUGCUGGGGAGGUGGGGCCCCGCGCCCAGAGGAGAGGGCGGGAAGGCCUGCUGCUCAGCCACGCACUGGGCGGCCACACGGCCUCGGUGGCGCUGGGCCAGAGCACGGCAAGGUGGCGGCCCUCUCCCACGCGACGGCCGUGCCCUGCUGGAGGCCGGAGAGCGCCCCUCGGUGCAGAAGAGCCCCACUUCCCAGGGUGUCCGGCCCACAAACAAUCCUUCUCCAUCACAGAGACGUCUUCCCCAGAACGUGAGGACGUCUGCCCGGGCCGGGACCCGCUCCCACCCCCAGUGUCCAGCGUCCUGUCUCCAGCUGCCCCAUCGGCGCCACUGGCUUCUCGACGGCUGAGUCCUCGGAAGGAGAUUGUCCGGCUCUUCCUCCAAGGCACCUGA